AUGCCGUCAACACUUCCACCGCCGUACUAUAACGACGACAAGAAGUCGUUUGCGUAUCCAACCAUUCAUAAACGUUGGCCGACAAUUAUCCAAGGCGCAAUUGACGAUGUCCGCCAAAGUGUUGAUGAGCAACACCCAGAGUUGCAAAAAUCGGGCACUGCUAUUGUCCACAAGUUGGAGGAGCUAUUAACCGAGUUCAAGAACGAUGCAAAAGUCAGAGCAUUCACCGAGCAGGAAAUUGCAAUCAAUCCAUAUUUGGAGCAUUUCAAUACCAGUUUGGCUCACUUCAACCAAGCAAGGUUGGUCACUUGGCAAACGGGACCAUGGUUAUACCUCGAGUGCUACCUUUACCAGUUUGUCAACAAUUUCUUUAUCGAUGAGCAAACUGAUAAAUUCUGGCACACAUAUGAUGUCUUUGCAAGAUUAAAGACCAAGACGUUUAAGCAGUCCGAGUUGGGAGUCUUGGAGUUGUGCAAGCGGUACGAGAGCUUAUCGCAGCAAUUGGGGCAAGUUGCAGGCGAUCAAGAAGCAUUGUACUUGUUGUUUGCUGAAUUCAUCGACAUUUCACUAUGGGGCAACGCCACGGACUUGUCGUUGCUUGCGGGAAACGUCACUCUUGAAGACAUCAAGUCGGUGCAAGGUGCUGAAGUGCGCAAGAAGAACGAGGAGAAGAUUAUUGUUAAUGAUUUGAAAAAUGCUUGGGUUGAAAGUGGGUUGGGCAACACCAGCGACAAGAGCACGAGGAUCGAUAUUGUUUUGGACAAUUCCGGGUUUGAGUUGUUUGCCGAUUUGAUUCUUUCCUUGUUUCUCCUUGACUCCAAAUUGGCGUCGGAGAUCCACGUUCACUGUAAAGAGAUUCCUUGGUUUGUUAGUGAUACCAUGCCCAAGGAUUUCGAUGACUUGUUGAAACAGUUGAGCGAUGGCGAGUUUUUCCCCGAGAUUUACAAGGAUGACGCCAAGAGUAUCACCACAGUUUAUGAAAAGAUUACCAGUUACUACAAGAGCAACAAGAUCAUCGUGAACCACCACCCAUUCUGGACGUUGGACUACAACUACUGGGCAAUUCCAAAGUUUGCUGAUUUGUAUAAACAGUUGAAAGAAUCCGAUUUGGUCAUUUUCAAAGGUGACUUGAACUAUAGGAAAUUGACUGGCGAUUUGCAAUGGCCCAAAACCACGCCGUUUAGUGAAGCUAUCCAGGAGUUGAAGAGCAGCGGAUUGAGUAUCUUGUCGUUGCGUACCUGUAAGGCUGACGUUGUUGUGGGAUUGCCCCAGGGGCUCAAUGAAAAGUUGAUCAAGGAGUACGAGGAGGCGGGAAAUGAAGUUGGCGAGUUCUGGAGUAGUUCAGGUAAGUGGGCUGUGAUAUCUUUCAACAAAUAA